AUGGCCCCCCAGAAACGCAAGACCGCAGGAACAGGCAGCAAUGGCACGACACAGACCAGCAAACGCGGAAAGCUGGACCUGUCACGUCCGCAUCCCAACGCGCAACAGUCCGAGGACUUUGGUAUCGUGCUGCGAGAAUUCUAUCCGCCGGAAAUGAGCAACGAGCGUUGCUUGGCCUACAACGACGGAACGCUGGAACGACCGAUCGAGACACUACAGCGGGCCUACGCGGAGACUGCCGACCAGCGCAGGGCCAUCAAUGCCAGCAGUGCAGUGGUGCACUGGUUCAAGUCCGACCUGCGACUACACGAUAAUCGUGCCUUGCAGAUGGCACACCAGACCGCCAAGGAACACAAUAUCCCAUUGAUCGGGCUGUAUAUUUUGUCGCCACAGGAUUUGACGGCUCACCUGUCGAGUCCGGCUCGGGUCGAUCUGACGCUGCGUACUCUAGAUCAAGUAAAGCGCGAUUUGAGUGAGCUGGAUAUCCCCUUGUACAUGGAGACGCAGGAACUUCGCAAAAACAUACCUCGGCGGAUUGUGGACCUAUGUCAGCAGUGGGGAGCGAACCAUCUCUACGCGAACCUGGAAUAUGAGGUUGACGAGUUGCGACUCGAGGCGAAGCUGGUGAGGCUGUGCGUGAAGAAUGGAAUCAAGUUCGAGACCGCCCACGAUGCGUGCGUUGUCCCCCCCGGACAGGUGGCCAGCCAGCAAGGUAAACAGUACGCCGUGUAUAGUCCCUGGUACCGCGCGUGGCUCGCUCAUCUAAACAAGAAUCGCGAUUGCCUGGAACUGUCAGAGGAGCCGGGUCCAAAUCCGGGAGAUGCGCGCAAGCACUUCAAAGAGUUGUUUGACAGCGAGGUUCCUGAGGCACCAGAGAACAAGCAGCUGUCGGAGGAAGAGAAGAAGUACCUUGGUCAAUUAUAUCCAGCAGGCGAGCAUGAGGCGCUGCGUCGGCUGGAGGUGUUUCUGGAAGAGAAGGUAAGGGACUAUGCGGACGCACGGAAUAUGGUGUGCGGACAGACGACCUCAAUCCUCAGUCCGUACUUCGCGUCCGGCUCGCUGAGCGCGAGAAUGGCAGUCGAACACGCCCGCAAGGUCAACAAGGGUUCACUGCAGCAUGGUGACCCCGGUCUGGUUCACUGGAUCAGUGAGGUGGCCUGGCGAGAGUUCUACAAACAUGUCCUCGUGCAUUGGCCAUUCAUCUGCAUGAACAAAUGCUUUAAACCUGAGUUCACCAACCUGGAAUGGGAGUACGACGAGGACAAGUUUAAGGCCUGGUGCCAAGGGAAAACCGGCUUCCCCAUCGUGGACGCCGCCAUGCGUCAGGUGAAGCAAGACAAAUGGAUGCACAACCGGACGCGCAUGGUCGUCGCCUCUUUUCUGUCAAAGGAUCUGCUUAUCGACUGGCGCCGCGGCGAGCGAUACUUCAUGGAGAAUCUCAUCGACGGGGACUUUGCGUCCAACCACGGCGGCUGGGGAUUCGGAUCGAGUACAGGUGUGGAUCCUCAGCCAUACUUCCGAAUCUUCAAUCCGCUCCGUCAGAGCGAACGGUUCGAUCCAGAUGGGGAGUACAUCCGAAAGUGGGUGCCAGAGCUGCGUGGUAUCAAAGGGCCGGCGAUACAUGAGCCCUACGCACGAGGAGCGGGGGCCAUUGCAGAGAAGAAUGGGUAUCCACGCCCGAUGGUGGAUCACUCAAAGAGCAGAGGCCAGGCAUUGGAUCGGUAUAAACGGGCGAGUGAGAAUGGACCUUGA